AUGGUUCCUACUACUUUCUUAAUUGUCGACCACAUUUAUCACAGACAAAACCACGGCCUAAGGUCACCGGUAAAGCCGGCCGGGGUGGUCCCUGAUGGCAAGACAGUUACUGGCGGCAAGCCGGCUCAGAAGGCCCUUGCUAGUAAGGCUAGACGUCAAGUAGCAGGAAAGUCUACGCGAAAGGCACCUGUAGCUGUUAAGAAGAAGCGCAAGUUUAAGGCCGGCACUGUCGCAUUACGGGAAAUCAAGAGAUACCAGAGAGGUUUUGAACUACUCUUGCGAAAACUCCCCUUUUCCCGCGUAGUGCGCGAAUUUGCACAGGUGCACAAGGCCGAUAUCCGCUUUCAACGAUCUGCAAUCGAAGCUCUUCAGGAAGCUACAGAAGCUUUCUUAGUUGGUUAUUUUGAGGACUGCAACAUCAAUGCUAUUCACGCAAAGAGGGUUACUAUUCAAGAGAAGGAUUCUCAAUUGGCUAGGCGCUACUUUGCUCGCGAGUUACUAGCUUUUCUCUAG